ACCAGUGUCUUUGUGUAUUGCGGGUCUGGCCUGUGGAAGAUUUUCCUUCAUUUUUCGAGGAUGAACUACGGUCCUGGAUCCUAGAGAGGGAGCUUAGAGGUCGUGGCGUUUAGUUUGUAAGGUACUCUGUCCGUGUGCGUGUGGCUAAGUCCAUCCCCCUCCUCCUCUCUCCCCGUUUCAAGACAGAAAAAGGCAGAAUAUGAGUGAACGCGAGACGGAGUGAAACCGCCAUUUUGUAAUUCGUCGCGUGUUCCUUAUUUUCCCGAAAACGACUCGGGACUGACAAUGUUUUGCUUCAGACUCGACAAAGUGUGGUGAUUGAAGGAUAAAAUAUAUUUUAAAAAAAGGGGGAAAUAACAUAUAUAGUAUAAAAGAUGGCCAAAGAAUAUUAUCUCCUGCUCUUAAUGGGGAUGGUAGGAGUUCAUUGCACAACAGAAGGGACUCUGCAAUGGCAACCUGCAGGAUUACCCAUUGUGCAGGAUCUGAAAGGACCUCGCAACACACCCUUAGGAAGCGUGUCUGUGACGGAAGCGAAGACCAGUCGCCAAGAGGAGGCCGAUUUAUAUGGAAAUUCUACGGAUAAAACAAAAGUGAAGCUCCCCAGCCUUCCGUGCAGUACCAACAGCGACUGUUCACGCUGGAGUGACCCCCUGCUGGUGUGCGUGGAGGAACAGUGUACGUGUCGGUCUCCUUACUGUUGGGUGUACCAUCUGGAGAGCUCGGGAUGGACGUCGCGCUAUAUUUUCAGCUGCGGGACGUGUGGCACUCUGGGCUCCUCCUGCAACGCCAGCAUGGUCUGCGAAUACCCGGGCGUGUGUUUCGAGGACGGGUAUUGCCACUGCGGACAGGGAGAGAACUUCAACAACAUUUGCGUGGUCACGGAUAACAGCUGGAUGUACAUCAUCGUCCUCGGCGGCCUGGGGGUCGUCACCGUCAUUGGUUUCGUAAUAAUCAUCUUCAAUUUGUUAAGGAAUCCACCCUGGCGCCAGCAAGAGCCCUGGUGUUGCGGCCUUUGCAAGGGAGCCGCAAGGCCGAAGCGCCGUCGGUCCAUUGAGAAAACGCCCGCCUUCACCAUCCAGACGAUGUACUCGAGUCAGUCCGAGGAACACAAACAGGAUGCUGGCGGCGACUCGACUCACGAGCAAAACCGCCGAGAGUUGCGCGAAUCGGCAGCUUCCGGAGACGAGGUCGGGAGCGUGUCUUCAGCCGCGACUCAGACGACCCUCUUGAGCGGCAGGAGCCUCGCGUCCGACGUCGGCGCCGCCAACACUGUCGUCGCAGAAGCAGUGGCGAACCGAACGCUGGAGGACGACGCUCCUGAAGACCGGGUUCCUAGGAUACCUGAUGAACAGGGAUCUGUGAAAUCUGAAGAACAGUUUUCUGUGAAAUCCGAAGAACAGCUAUCCAACAAUUCCUUAUCGAGCAGUUGUUCCCACGAGCGGUGCCAACUGUGUCUUCCCAAAGGCUUGUCCUCCAGACCUCCCAGCGCCGGCCCUCCUACCCCGUCUACGCCUCCUACAGGCACGACACCGAGGCAGUCCCCCUCCUCCAGGAGGCCGUACGCCCCGAACUCCAACGACGAGGAACUAGGAACUGAAAUCACGUCUUUAUAGGCCAGGCGGGAGGAGUACAGUAUGGGUGAAGGAGGUCAUUAAGUCGUAGUUACAACUGAGGUGAAAAACGGACGUUGGCAAUGUUAUUUUACUGUGUGCGUGCGUGUGCGUGUAUGUGUGUGUGUGUUUGUGCGUGUGCGCGUGCGUGCGUGCGUGCUUCAGCAGUUUCUAAAUAUUGAUUCGCAUCUGAAAGACCCUUUUUCCAUGAGCUUAAUUUACGAUAGAAUUGAACCCAUGUUGAUUCUUAUAAGUCCUCGUUAGCAAAAGGUUAAAGAGGAAAUGAUUAAAAAAGAAAAGAAUAAUGAUAAUCGAAACCAAUAAGGAAAAUGCAGACCUCACUGAUAGAAGAUUGUCUCGCCCAUUUAUCAGCAACGUAUAUUUAUAAUGAUAUGUUGUAAUUGAGAAAUACCUGCUGUCACUUAGUGAGUGACAAACAAAUAACAAAUCAUUACUAUUAUUUAUUUUAUCGCAGUUUGUUUAUUCUUGAAAAGUUUAUAUAUAUAUAUAUAUUUAUAUAUAUAUUCUUAUAUAUAAGUCAUACUGAAAUUGUUUGAUAAAUUAGCAUUUUAUUGUUAUUAGAAUGUUUAAUUUACAAAAAAAAAAUAAUAAUAAUAAAAUAAGUGACAGAUAAAACUAAUUCUCCUUGGUUUUAAUCAGCUGUUGAACUUAAAAUAUCUAUAUAGAGGUCGUACUGAGAUCAAGGUUGAUAUAUUAACAAUGCUUUAUUGCUAAAAUGUUAUAUAUAUAUAUAUAUAUAUAUAUAUAUAAUCAGUCAAAUAUUAGAAGGAGCAAGAGAGGCGUUAAACAGUAGCUUACAAGUGCAAUUCACAUGACACUAUUAAGCUACGUGUACAUAUGUAUAUAUACAGAGUAUAAACCUAUAAUGUUAGAUUGUUUUCUCUAUCUUCUUCUCUAUAAAUGCAUAAACUGAAACCAUAUUAUCCAUACAACUAUACAAUUCGUGUGUGAGUUGUCCUUGAAAAAGUGGUUAAAAGUUCCCGGUUAAUUACGCUAUUUCUGCAAAUCUUUAUCGUUUUUUUUUUUUGUUUGUUUGUUUUUUUGGGUUAUUCUUAAACCCUCUGUGAUAAGAUAUAUUAUGGAUUAUAAUAAAUAAAGAGUAAGUAUCAUUAUGUAGAAUAUUUUGUAUAUAAUUACUUAAUUUUCUUGAAUUGAUGUGAUUCCAGUUAGUUAUAAUGUGUAUUUUACGGUUUGAUGCUUCUGAAAGGUAAUAAAGUCAUUUUGUCUUUACCAAGUUUCCUGUGUUUUGUGAUAUAUUAAUCCCCAAAUAUUUUGUCAUGGAUUUUUGUACAUAUUUCUCUGGAGACGUUGUUCUCCCUUCCCUUUGACUUUCUCUCUCUCUCUCUCUCACUCUCUCUCUCUCUCUCUCUCUCUCUCUCUCUCUCUCUCUGUCUCUCUCUC